UUUGCUUCCACCAGUACUUUCGCUUCCAGCUUCAACGGACGUUGGUGGUGUCUUUAAAAUUGUCUGUUACAACACCGUCAAAAACGCAUGGAAAUAGUGCCUCCUGAUGUCGAAUUUAUUACAAAACUAGAAGAGCGUUACAAGUGUAUAAGUUGUGAUCAUGUCUUGAUAGAUCCUGCUCAAUCUUCUUGUGGACAUAGAUUUUGUUCGUCUUGCUUGGAAGAUAUUUUCAAGAGAGAACCAACCAACCCUAAAUGCCCGGAUGAUAAUGAACCCCUACAAAAGAACCUUAUAUUCAGGGACAAGUACGCCCAAAAGGAAAUCUUUGCCUUGGAUUGCUUUUGCCCAAAGAAAUCACUCGGUUGUCCAUGGAGCGGGAAAUUGGCUAAUUUACAAGCUCACCAAGCAGAGUGUUCUUUUUCGGAAGUGAAAUGCUUAUACAGUCAUCUUGGGUGUACUGUAGUUGUCUUCAGAUACCAAUUAGCCAAACAUGUCGAAAAUGAUUGUCUGUAUAAGGUUGUUGAGUGCCCUUAUUGCAGGAAUGGAUUUCCAGGGGUUAAAAUGAGGGAACAUCUCGAGGAGUGUAAAAAGUUCCCUGUGAAAUGUUCCUUUGGCUGUGAUAAGAGUGACAUUCCCAGGGAGGACCUCAAAGAGCACUCCAAAGUAUGCCCCCGAGCUCCUGUGCCUUGUAACUUCAGUUUCGUAGGCUGCACUUUUCACGAUUGCAGGGAGUCUUUAGAAGAACAUCUCCGCUCUCGUGCCACGGAGCACUUGACUCUCAUGGCCAAAUUUCACGAGAAAGCACAAGAGGAAACGAAAAACGUUCAGCAGCAGCUUAAAGCCUCCCAAGAGUUAAUUAAAACUUACGAGGCGCGUUUAGCCCUGCAAACGGAAGCACUGGCUUUGAAUAAACAGACACUUUCUACGCACCAAGUGAAGCUCGCAAGAGUUGAAGAGAAUGUGGAUUCCCAGCGGAAAAACAUGGAUGAACUUCGCAAAAGCGUCGAAGCACUGAUCAACGCGAAAGAUAGCAAACAUGCGAAUGAUGAAGUGAUGAGGCGUAUAAAUUUCCAAGACGAAAGGUUGGCACUACUUGCGGACGAGGUAGUAAGGUUUGGUGCUACGGGAGCGCGCGUACGCGCGGGGAACUUAGAACCUGGUGACAAUGAUCACCGAUUUGGAAAUGUGGAACACUCCAUAGCUUUGCACGAAAUAAAGCUUGCCGAUCAAGACCUUAAACUACAGAUAAUGGAGACCACAUGCUACGAUGGCUGUUUCCUGUGGAAGAUUGACAAUUUUCAACGCAGAUUUCGGGAAUCCGUGGAGGGUAAGACAAUCUCUAUAUACAGCCCGCCAUUUUAUACUUCGCGCUACGGAUACAAGCUUUGCGCACGUGCAUACCUCAACGGCGAUGGGCCGAUGGGGAAAGGAAAGUACCUAUCUCUUUUCAUCGUCUUAAUGAGAGGGGAAUAUGAUGCUCUGUUAACGUGGCCAUUCCAGCAUAAAGUCACUAUGAAGCUGGUGGAUCAAGAGCGGCUGUCGCACAUAACCGAGAGCUUCCGACCGGAUCCGAACAGCUCGAGCUUUCAGCGACCGCGUUCGGAAAUGAACAUCGCUUCCGGCUGGCCGCUUUUCUGUUCACAUAGCCUGUUAAGAUCCAGGGGAUAUGUUCGAGAUGAUACUAUGUUUAUCAAGAUCUUAGUUGAAGGCAAUGGGAUAGCAAUGAUUUGAAAUUGGAAUGGACUCGGAAAGAAUCAUUUGACUCGUGGUGACAGAAUAUGGUCAAUCCUAACCGCGAAGAUGGCCUAAAGCAUCCGCUGGUUUUAGUCCUUUGAGACAUCAGCCCAGGAUUUUCCACCGCCAUUCCUUCGAUGGGCCCGAUAACUCAGUCCAAUCGAGACGUGAUCACAAGGUUUAAUGGAGGAGAACGAGGUGAUUCAGUUGCCUUUGGAGCAAUGAUGUAGAGAAUUUGCUGGAAAUCUACAGAAAUGCGUGAAAUUCUUACAAGUGGCUAUGAUUGCUUUUGAAACUGAACAUUUACAAAUCAUCAUCAACAUCAAUUUAACAUUUAUAUGGCGCAAACUACUAUAUAGAUAAUCAGUCGCGCUUUACAAUCAGUUAAGAUGAGAUCGGACGUCAAAAUUCAUCAGGCGCACUAUGCAGCCACUUCAGUCCAUGUAUUGAUCUCACCUUCCGAAAUGAAAGGAAAUGAAAAGAGUAUAUCAAAGACGCACUACACAUCUGAAGUGUACCACUUAUGGCGAUUCCAUGGAGACACUGUCCACAAUGAUGGUUUCCGUGGAAUGAAUAUGUUCUAUUUAGCUUUGAACUAUAAGUAUAAAUCAUCAAAGAACUUAUUUAUUUGUUGAGUUAUUGCCUCUCCCAGGUUUUCAGUUGGUGGAAACAAAAGAAAAAGGAGGGCGUAAAAAAUGACGGGUGCACGGGAAGGGGGGGUAAGGUCAUGUAAAGCAAUCACUGUUUGUCGCACCCCCACACUUCAUUCGUCACUCACUGAAAGCCUGGGGUAAGCUAGUUUAUUUUUCGUCGCUGAAGCAGGAUACAAAAGUCUCAAGUUAAUAAAUGGACAAUCGCGAAAGAAGCAUAAUAGAAGCGAUGCUAUAUUUUUCUUACAAUAAUUAGUCACCAGAUGUAUGGCGGGGUUGAGCGAAAUAAGGGCUAAAAGAGCUGUUAGAAAUAUCACACUAUCUAAAGAUACCAUCUGAAUAUCUGUUUCAUAAAAAAACAGCUUAUGGCCCGCGCGCAGUUUCAUUCGAUUUACCUCAUAUGGCAGAGAUUGGAAAUAAAUGAUACCUUCUAUCAUUCA